AUGGUCCGCUUUCCGCUAUCCAGACUCUUCAACGCUGCUCCCCGUGUUGCCGCCCCUUUACUCCCAGUAACAAGACUAAGACUCACCCAACAACCACAAACUACCCGCUUUUUCAGACCCUUCACCUCAACCACCCCUCGACUAGCCCAUUCACCACCGCCGACACCGUCUACACCCCAAUUCACACCCAAUGCCUCGCUUUCUCAAAAGCUGAAGCAUCUAAUCAAGUCCUAUGGGUGGUAUGCGUUGGGAGUUUACCUGGUGAUAUCGGUCAUCGACUUUGGAGUGGCAUUCGUCGGCGUCAAUCUGCUCGGCGCGGAAUACGUGUCUCGAGUAGCGGCAACAGUCAAGCAGACUGUGAUGGAACUCGUACACUCUCGUCCUGCAGAGCCUGGCUUGGAUGAAAUGGAGCCAGCUGGACGGAAUCCCGCAGCUGCAGGGCAGGAAGGGCUGUACGCCAUGAUUGUGCUUGCGUACGGCAUCCACAAGACAUUGUUCCUGCCCGUCCGCGUUGGCCUCACGGCGGCGUUCACACCACGAAUUGUUCAUUGGUUGAGGGCACGAGGAUGGGCUGGUGGCGAGGGUGCACGUCGGGCAGCCCAUGAGAUGAGGGAGAAGCUACGGGAACGGCGCAAUCGCGACUAG